AUGCCAAUACCCCGACGGGGCGGAGCAUCGGACGACGGUGCAGUACACGUGGACGUCCACGACGACGUCCACGAUGUGGUACGACUGCAGCGUGGGCCCGUGGCCGGCCUCGAAGAGCAGCUGGUGCUGCGAGAACGAGCAGAUCAGCUGCGGGGAGCUACGAGUGCGACACAGGGCCAUGGCCGCAGAAGAAGAGGGAUCCGAGAUUGGUGUUGCAAGAACAUGGAGAAGGGUUGCGAACAAGAUGGCUACUUCGACUGUCGUCAGGGCCCGUGGCCGCCCAAGAAGCGCCACUGGUGCUGCGAGAACGAGGGGCGCAUGUGCCCCGACGCGCGGCGCUACGCCUGCGAGGCCGGGCCUUGGCCGCCCGCGAAGCGGACGUGGUGCUGCGAGAAGGAGGGCAAGGGCUGCGUGGAGACGGUGUAG